CCGAGGUGGUUCCUGUAGAUCCUGAUCAAAGGCAGAGAGAACAACCAAGGCAGAGAGAGCAAUCUGUAGAUCCUGAUCCUGUUGGUUUCGGAGGCUUCGGGCUCGGCACCUCCCCUCCAGCGGCGUUCUCGCGUGCGGGACCGGGCGCACUCUCGUGGCCAUGGCCAUGAGUGCGUUGGACGAAGCAACUCGGGAGGUAUCCGUUUUGUUGCAGAAACAUGCUCAAGAGCUGGAGUUGGUGUUUCAGCGCCUUCAAAGCCGCUUGAAGUGUGAGGACCCGGAUGCCACGCCGAGGGAGUCCUCGUGCUUGCUGACGCGUUUGUCGGGUGUUCGGAGCAGCUCCAAGGGCCCGCAGUUGCCAGAGGAAGUUCCACCAAAGGUGGCCUUCCCAGCAGAAGAGCUUCCAGGUGCUAUUGCGGAGGAGGACAAGGAACAGGAACAGUUGACCGCGGUGAUGCCCUUGGAGUCUCCCCGCAGCUGUGGCACCUCUGUCUCAGGUGACGAGCCGGACUCACGGGAAGCCUCGCCGAGGCGUGAGGAUGUCUCCUAUGCUAGGACGAAGACGCAGAUUCAACGCAAGAAGAUCAUCAAGAGCCAAGAUGAGCAUUCCACCUACCAGUCUUGGACGCAGCGCGUGGUCUAUAGCUCCUGCUACGAGUUGUACAGUGCCCUUUUGAUCCUACUGAAUGCCAUCUUUGUGGGUUGGCAGACCGAAUACGCGGCCUCCACGGUGCGGCAACCCGCGUCGCAGGAUGGCUUCGAGCCCACGUUCUUCUUCGUAGCGCAGAUCGUGUUCUUCUUGGCUUUCUUCAUGGAUUUGGCUCUCCGCUGGGUGGCUGAUGGCCUCAUCUACUUUGUUUGCAAUGAGGAGAUGUAUUGGAACGUCUUGGACAUUUUCGUGGUGGCUUUCAACCUAAUUGAGGUCAUCACGGAAACCAUGAUGUUCUCCGGGUCGGAGAGUGCGGUGCUGAUGACCAACUUCACGGUGGUUCGCAUGAUCCGCGUGCUGCGGGUGGUUCGGAUCGCCAGAGUGAUCCGAGUCUUGAAGGCCUUCCGAGAGCUUCGCUUGAUGGUGGCCUCAAUUGUGAGCUCAGCGCGAAACCUCCUUUGGGUCAUCAUGAUCCUUUGUGUGCUGCUCUAUGUCUUUGGCAUUAGCUUCACCUCCGCCGUGGCCCUGGAGUUGGAGAUGUCCCCCCCGGACGCGGAGGGCACGGAGGAACUCAAGAGGUACUUCGGGUCUCUGUCGAGCUCCAUCCUGACGCUUUACAGCUCGAUGUCCGGUGGUGAAGAUUGGACGGUGUAUUACUAUGCCCUCAAUCGCUUGGCCUGGCCGUACCAGACUCUUUUCCUUUUCUUCGUGACCUUUGCGGUGUUCGCCGUGGUGAAUGUUGUCACUGGUGUUUUCGUGGACACCGCCAUUGAGAAGAACCAGACGGACAAGGAACUCGCCAUCCAAGAGGAACUUCGCAGUAAGAAGCUCCGCAUGAACUGGAUCCGAGAUGUGUUCGGGGAGUUGGACUCCAGCGGUGAUGGCACGGUGACGCUCAAAGAGUUCGAACAACAGCUGAACCACGAGGCGGUGAUCGCGUACUUCAAUACCCUUAAGCUGGACGUGAGCGACGCCAGGACGUUGUUCCGACUCCUGGACAGCGACGGCUCGGAUGGAGUCAACAUCGAUGAGUUUGUACAGGGCUGUUAUCGGCUCUCAGGGGAGGCGACCACCUUACACACUCAGGUGAUGCAAUGCGACAUCAAGGAUAUGCUCAUCAAGAUGGGUCACAUCAUGGAGAUUUUGGAGGACCUCCGGUCCAGGCGCCGCAGCAGCCGCCACUCGCGGGGCGGCAGCGCCUUCUCAGACCUGCACAACACCGGCAUGGAACGCCUCAGCGAACGCUCCUCGCGGGAAUCCGGCUGCGUCGUGCCCCCCGUGUGGUGAGCGAAGGAGGUGCCUUGUCCCCCAAGAGGUGCCGCUCGAGCGGUGCCCCAAGAGGUGCGUGGGUGGAUGAGGGGGCCGGCUUGGAGGGCCACAUGGGGAGUUUUCGGGCGAAAGAGAUAAAGCUGCGCCCAGUUGUAGAAGUGUGGGAAAGAUCGAAGAGUGAAGUCUGGUUUUUAGGG